UGAAAUAUUAUUCAGUUUUGGGCGUUUUGGGUGUUGUCCGGUGACAAGCAACGCUUAGCGUAAUGAUUAAACAAUUUAACCCUUACACUUUAAUUUUAAUCGUUUUGUGACUUAUAAAGACCGCUGUUGAUAUUAGUUUCCAAAAAAAAGCAUGAUAUUAUGAUGAGUGCUUCCUUGUAUUAUUUCUUUGUUUUGAUUUCCUUAACAACAAAUUGUAAAGCAGAUUCGCUGAAAUAUUACUACGAUUAUGAAUGCAACGAGCCAUUAGUAGCCAAUGCUAAACUGAGUGCAACUUCCAGUCUAAGGGAUAGAGGUCCAGAUAAUGCUAAGUUAUAUGGUACAACCGCUUGGACGGCGAAGGAGGCGUCAUACUUUCAGCACCUAACCAUUAACCUGGUAGCGCGCAAGGAGCUGCGCGGCAUCGCCACCAGGGGGCGCUACGCUACCGAGGAAUAUGUCUCAGAGUACAUGAUACAGUACUCUGACGAUGGCGAGAGUUGGAGGGAGGUUGCAUCUACGGAUGGUUACGUUCAGAUGUUCGAAGGUAACCACGACGGCAACACGGUGAAGAGGAAUGAAUUCGAAGUGCCUAUAAUAGCUCAGUACAUUAGGAUAAACCCGAUGCGAUGGCGGGACAAGAUAUCCAUGCGCGUUGAAAUCUAUGGUUGUGACUAUGUGGCGGAUACCCUGUACUUCAACGGGUCGUCGCUGGUGAAGAUGGACUUGCUGCGGGCGCCGGUGUCGGCGUCCCGCGAGGUGAUCAGGUUCCGGCUGAAGACGAGCGCGGCGUCGGGCGCGCUGCUGUACUCGCGCGGCACGCAGGGAGACUACGUGGCCUUGCAGCUGCGCGAUAACAGACUGGUCUAUAAUAUUGAUUUAGGGUCGGGUACAGCGACGUCAGUGUCAGUGGGCAGUUUGCUGGACGACAACAUGUGGCACGACGUGGUGGUGUCGCGUCACCGUCGCGACCUCGUGCUGUCCGUUGACCGCGUGGUGGUCACCGCGCGGCUCAAGGGGGAGUUCUCACGACUUAACCUCAAUAGAGCUCUAUACAUUGGUGGCGUACCGAACUUCCAAGAAGGCCUCGUGGUGGACCAGAACUUCACAGGCUGCCUGGAGAACCUGUACCUCAACGCUACUAACGUCAUCCAGGAGGUGAAGCAGGGCUACGACUCCGGGGAACCUUUCAAGUUCCAGAAAAUUAACACGCUGUAUACUUGCCCAGAGCCGCCGGUGGUGCCGGUGACGUUCCUGAAGGAGGGGUCGUACGCGCGGCUGCGGGGCUACGCCGGCGCCACCGCGCUCAACGUCUCCCUCGAGUUCCGCACUUACGAGCACCACGCGCUCCUCAUCUACCACAAAUUUAAAACUGAAGGAUACGUCAAGGUUUAUUUAGAGGAGGGCAGGGUGAAGGUGGAGCUGUCGACUGGCGGCGGGGCGGGGGGCGGGGCGACGGUGGGCGGGCCAGUGCGGCUGGACAACUUCCCCGAGCCGCAGAACGACGGGCGCUGGCACGCGCUGCUGCUGACGCUGGCGCCGGACUCGCUGCUGCUGGCGCUGGACCGCCGCCCCGUGCGCACCACCAAGCUGCUGCGCUUCCAGACUGGCCCCACCUACUACAUCGCGGGCGGCAAGGCGCCGCCGCGCGGCUUCAUCGGCUGCAUGCGCAAGAUCGCGGUGGACGGCAACUACCGCCUGCCCACCGACUGGACCAAGGAGGAGUACUGCUGCCCCAACGAGCUCGUCUUCGACGCCUGCCAGAUGAUCGACAGAUGCAACCCGAACCCCUGCGAGCACGGCGGCAGCUGCACGCAGACCGCGGACGAGUUCACCUGCCAGUGCCAGGGCACGGGCUACGCGGGCGCCGUCUGCCACACCUCGGUGCACCCGCUGUCGUGCGCGGCGUACCAGCAGGCGCUGGGCGCGUCGCGCUCCGCCGAGGUGCUGGUGGACGUGGACGGCUCCGGCCCGCUGCCCGCCUUCCCCGUCACCUGCCAGCUGCACGCGGACGGGCGCGUGGUGACGGGCGUGGCGCACAGCGCGGCGGGCUCGGCGGUGGACGGCUACCAGGAGGCGGGCAGCUUCCGCCAGGACGUGGUGUACGAGGCGUCGCGCGCGCAGCUGGAGGCGCUGCUCAACCGCUCGCACGCCUGCUCGCAGCGCCUGCACUACAUGUGCCGCCACUCGCGGCUGCUCAACUCGCCCAGCGAGGAGGCGACGUUCGCGCCGUUCGCGUGGUGGGUGUCGCGCGCGGGGCAGCGCAUGGACUCGUGGGCGGGCGCGCCGCCCGGCAGCCGCAUGUGCCGCUGCGGCGUGCUCGGCAACUGCCUCGACCCCACCAAGUGGUGCAACUGCGACGCCGAGUACUCCCCGCUCAAGCCUGAAGAGUUCCAGAUGGACGGCGGCGAGAUCACGGAGAAGGAGUACCUGCCGGUGAAGCAGCUGCGCUUCGGCGACACCGGCAGCCACCUCGACGAGAAGGAGGGCCGCUACACGCUCGGCCCGCUGCUCUGCGAGGGAGACGAUCUGUUCAGCAACGCGGUGACGUUCCGCAUCUCCGACGCGGUGAUCUCUCUGCCGACCUUCGACCUCGGCCACAGCGGAGAUAUAUACUUCGAGUUCAAGACAACCAAGGAGAACGCGGUCCUAUUGCACGCUAAGGGACCGACGGAUUAUAUCAAGCUAUCGCUGAUCGGAGGCGACCAGCUGCAGUUCCAGCUGCAGGUGGGCGACACGCCGCUCGGCGUCUCCGUAGAGACGAGCAGCCGCCUCGCAGACAACAAUUGGCACUCCGUCUCCAUCGAGCGCAACAGGAAGGAGGCUCGCGUGGUGGUGGACGGGGCGCUGAAGAACGAGAUCCGCACGGCGAAGGAGCCGGUGCGCGCGCUGCACCUCACCACGGCGCUGGCGCUGGGCGCCUCGCUCGAGCGCACUGACGGCUUCGUCGGCUGCGUGCGCGCGCUGCUGCUCAACGGACGACCCGUGGACCUGCUCGCCUACGCGCGCAGAGGUCUGUACGGCGUGUCGGAGGGAUGCCACGGCAAGUGCGAGUCGUCCCCCUGCCUCAACAACGGCACCUGUCUGGAGCGCUACGACGGCUACGGCUGCGACUGUCGCUGGACUGCCUUCAAAGGGCCCAUCUGCGCUGAUGAAAUCGGCGUGAAUCUGCGACCCAACUCAAUGGUCAAGUACGACUUCCUGGGCUCUUGGCGCUCCACUAUCAGCGAGCGCAUCCGCGUCGGCUUCACCACCACUAACCCUAAGGGUUUCCUGCUCGGCUUCUUCUCUAAUAUAACCGGCGAAUACCUCACUCUCAUGGUAUCUAAUUCAGGAUACCUCCGUGUCGUGUUUGACUUCGGUUUCGAGCGCCAGGAGAUCAUCUUCCAAGGCAAGCACUUCGGCAUGGGCCAGUACCACGACGUGCGCCUCUCGCGCAAGGACAGCGGCGCCACCAUGGUGCUGCAGGUGGACAACUACGAGACGCAGGAGUACCGGUUCAACAUCAAGGAGUCUGCGGACGCGCAGUUCAACAACAUCCAGUACAUGUACAUCGGCCGCAACGAGACCAUGAGCGAGGGCUUCGCCGGCUGCGUCUCCCGCGUCGAGUUCGACGACAUCUACCCCCUCAAGCUGCUCUUCCAGCAGGACCCGCCGCCCAACGUGCGCACCAUCGGCGGCAUCCUGCACGAGGACUUCUGCGGCGUGGAGCCGGUGACGCACCCCGCGCAGGCGCCGGAGACGCGCCCGCCGCCGCCCACCGACCUGCAGGCCGAGCUGGACUUCCACCGCACCGACGAGGCCAUCCUCGGCACGGUGCUGGCGUUCAUCUUCUUGCUGCUGGUGGUGGUGGCCGUGGUGCUGGUGCGCGCCCUCUCCAGGCACAAGGGAGAGUAUCUCACACAGGAGGAGCGCGGCGCGGAGGGCGCGGCGGACGGCGACGCGGCCGCGCUGGCCGCCGCCACCGGCGCGCGCGUCACCAAGCGCAGGGAGUUCUUCAUAUAGCACCGCACCGCCGCCGCUGCGCACUGCGCACUGCGCACUGCGCGCUCCACACUGCGCACUCUACACUGCGCACUGCGCACACUCUACAUACCUACCACGUCACAUCUCUGACGUCACAGUACAUCAGCUACUUUCAGUGACUACUUUCAUUAAAACCUGUUUAUUUCUCAGUGAUCUUAAACUAUAGUUGACUUCAGAUAAAUUAUUGAUGUAAAGCAAUGACAAAUUGCACAAUAAAUGUUAUUAAUACGCCAAAAAUUAAAUCAACAUACUUUAUAGAGCGUGUUAUGUAAUUGUAUCACAUUCCAUAAAUUAUCAUGAAUAUGACGUUAUCAUAGCCGAAAUCAGCUAUUUAUAGAUAUUUCAAAUGGCGUAAAAUGCAUCUCGUAUUGAAUCUCAAAACUAAAAACAUUUUUUUCAAAUUUCACUUAUAUUUUUAUGAUAUUUUUAUUGUCUAAGCACAAUUGAAGAUUGUUUCCAAUCCAAGAAAUGAAAUAUGAUCGAAGACGAAAUAAUUUUCACUAUCGACAUACGAGUAUAGUAACAUGCUUUUCAAUGUAUGUGAAAAGAGAGAAAUAUGUCUGGACAAUAGAAUCUUAUGGAAUGAUAUUGAGAUUGUCUCUAUGCACAGAAAAUCUUGAACUCCGUACUGCGUAUUUUACAUGAAAUGUAUUUUUAUAUGAAAAUGACACGAUUUAAUGACUUUAUUUAGAUUUAUUUUAGUUUGUAAUUAUUUGUAUAUUAGCGUAUAUAUUUUGCUAUAUUAUUUUAUACGGUUUAUAAUUGUAAGAUUUGUUUUGUGUGAAUGAAAGUGUGUUAAUUUUUCUGAUUUAAAUCAUUCUUAAAUUAAAAAUUUAAUGAAAAUAUCACAGAAAUGACGAGUUUUUUAAGUAUAAUUUGUAUCGGAAACUAUGUGCUAAAAUUACGUUUUUUUUUUAAUAAGCUUAUAUUUGCUAUCAAAAUGUCUGAAAAAGUAAAUGUACAAAUGUGUUUAAAUUUUUGUAUGUACAAAAUACGCGUGACUUGGACAAAAAAAUCUGCAAAUGUUAAUAUAUAUGCAGAAUAUAUAUUUGUAGAUGUAAGAACACGCUGUAUCUCAUACCGUACAAACUUUGUAUUUUUAUAUAAAUGAAUCUCAACACAUAUUUUAUUUAAGUAGUAUAUAGGGUGUUUCAUACAAAGUUCGCUUUUUUUUAUUUUUCCGUCCAAAAGCCAUUUCGUUACUUAAGCGUGUGAUUUCUUUAGGUUUAUUUUUCUGUGCGACUUUUAGAUGUAUUUUAUUUUUGAAAUGAAAUUAAACAUUUUAGGUUA